AUGAUAUUUCGCACCAUUCAGCAAGAAGCCACAUCCCAUUCACUGGCGCAUGCAAAAUGCUUGCAACGUUGUUCAUGUCUUAAUACAACACACUCAGAAAUUAAUGGGCAAUGUAUCGAAGCAUUGGCCGAUAAUUAUGACGAAAACGAAAAUGGAAAUUUGCAAGAACAAUCUUAUAAGCUGAACAAAUUCAUAAUUGACUUCGAAUGUCGCUUGGUCGGUAGUGGUUGUGGAAAAAAUAUGGUGCUCGAAAUAGUAUCAAAGGUUAAUGGAUAUUGCAUCGACAAAUGUGUUUGUGCGGAUAAUUUUGUGGAAAAUGAUGUAGAAUGCAUCCAAUGUGAUUGGGAGGAGGAUGAUAAUGAUAAUAAUGAUAAUUAUAAUUCAACGACCAAAUUGUUUAGACCACUUCUUAUCACUCCGCAGACCUAUAGAUUGGGCGAAAGGAUUUAUGAUAGGCGAUGUGUUAUAACCGGUCGGAGUUGUGGCAUCAAUAUGAGCAAAGAGGUAGAAAUGAGUUGUUUCCGUACUGGAACGUGUAACCUAAACGAAAUAUUCUACGAAAUAGAAUGCAUACAAUUAGGACAUUCCUGUGGACCAAAUAUGGAACUAAUUAUUAUUGACAAAAGGCUUUUCAACACGAACAAAUGUGUUAUGCAAUGCCAGUGUGUGCAUGGAUAUAUCGAAUCAAACGGUCGAUGCACUGAAAUAACCAAAAAAUUGAACGAAAGAAUUGUUUGCAUGCGAGGAGGAUGCACUCUUAAUGAAUUAGUUCAAGACAUAAGUUGUUCAUUGAAAGGUCGCUUCUGUGGACAGAAUAUGAAGUUUGGUCUAAUAAAGCAAUCAGCUCACCGUCAUUAUAAUUGUAUUGUGAAGUGCAAAUGUGCAAAGGGCUACGAGGAGCAAAAUGGCCAAUGCAUUAUAGAACAUGGAAAAACGAUCAGAACAAAGAAUAUUUGUAUGGAAAACGGUUGUGAAGUGGGGAGGAUAAUUCGUGAUGAAGGAUGCCAUUUAACGGGAGAGAAAUGUGGAAACAAUAUGAUAUUCAUGGUGGUCAAUAGUACAGUUCGUAAUGGAACAUAUUCGAUUUAUUGUACCCAGCAAUGUGCUUGCAUAUAUUCUGAUUCCAUUGAAAAUACUUCGAGUUGUAAAGAGAAAGGUACCACUGGCUAUUCACCGACUCUGCACAACGCGAUUACCACUGCACUUAACGAUUUUAAAGCGCAUAUAAAGAAAGAAUUUAAUCUUGGCGAAGAAAUUUCUGAUCUUGGUUGUCGUUUAAGAAAUUUUAAAUGUGGAAUCAAUAAGAAAUUCAUUGUUGUUAAAGAAUUUUCCGCCGAGCACGAUCCAAAUAUUAAAGGAUGUAUCGAACGGUGUAGUUGUAUUUUGCCGCGACCUGAUGGUUGUAUGCAAAAUUUCUAA